AUGGAUACUACUUCAAAAGUUGCAAUUAUGCUAAUGCUGUCCCUCUUGAUGUUCAAUGUUAUCAAAGGUGCCCUGCACACCGGUAUAGUUAAUAGGGCUUGCAAUAUCGGCUCCUAUUCGAGCAAUGAUCCUUACGCAAACGGCAUGGCUUACAUUCUUGAGGACAUGGUGACCGUGACACCUAGUGACGAGGACUACAACUACUCUACCACAUCUCCUUAUACCGCAGCAGCCGCCUAUGGUCACGCAACUUGUAGCCAAGCACUUUCUUACAGCAAUUGUGGCAUGUGCAUGGGCUCCGUUAAAUCCCAAAUACUGGCGAUAUGUUCAAACAGUCUUGGCACUCAAGUGAAGCUUGAACAUUGUAGAAUGAGGUAUGAAAACUACUCGUUCAACGGUUACGUAGUGUGGCACCAAAUAGAGAGAACCUUGUUCGAAUGGUAG